AUGGUGGCGCCUCAGAAGAUCGCGGUGGUGGUGCGCCAGAGGGGGGGCGGCAACUUGAUGAUGCACACGCGCGGAAUCGUGGCGCACGAUGUGCAGGAGGCCGCCGAGGAGGUGGUGACGAUCAUGGGCAAGUUCGCGGUGGCGAGGGGGCGAGGGGACGUGGACGGAACUGGAGACAAUGCACCGAACUUUAGCUACGACAGGCUGCAGGUUGCUCAUGGACGGUUUGUUGCGGUGUACCGACUGGUGAAUCGAGUCUGGGUGAUUGCAAUGGCACCCUCCAGGACCAACCCUUUCGUUGUGGGCAGGGUUGUGGACUCAGCCACAAAGGCCCUCAUCAGGGCUUGCCAGCAGACGGACGUUACCAGAGAAGUCCUCACCAAGCACUGGGUUGAGGCAUAUCUACUACUGGGGGCCGUCCUGUCUCUUCGAGGAGCAAAUUUUGAGAAGGCCCAGGUGGAAGCGGCAGCACAGUACCUCACGAUUGCAGCUGACACCAAGGACCGCAAGGGCAAGGGGUCAGCUCCAGAACCGAAGAGAGCUGCCCCCGCUCCCAGCCAGGGCCAGGCCAGGAGGAAACUCACCACAAUGGAGUCUCUGGCCCUUAACCUCACAUUCCCAGUGCCAGACGAGGCACAGCCAAGCAACCUUGUGGCAACCCGGCAAGAGACGCCACGAGAUGUUUCCAAACCGUCGCCCCGUGGCGAAGUGCUGCCCCAGGAAGAUUCGACUGGCUUGGCAGAGCUCGGCGACUUGCUGAGCGCUCAGCGGGGGGCCAGUCAGCCAAAGAUGCCAGCGGUGGAUCCGUUCGCUGCCCUGGACGACUUGCUGCUUCCAGAGCCGAGCCAACCUCAGUCGUCCCAGCCAUCGCCCUCCCCCAGCUUCGAUGACCCCUUUGCUGCAACGGCUGACCCCUUCCCAGCAGUGUCGUCCAACCCCUUCCCUGCAGCAUCGCCCGACCCCUUUACUGCAUCGCCAUCGGACCCCUUUGUCACGACGUCCGACGCCUUCCCGGAACCGACGCCAGCAUCCCUCCCCGCUCCCGCCCAGCAGGCCAAGGUCCCCACCCAGCGGGCACCCAUUCCCCAGGCCUUCGGCUCCACAGAUGACUGGGACGCCUCCUUCCUGCCCCAGCCCACCCCCCCGGCCCCCCAGCCGGCCCCCACCAGCUGGGGCUUUGGCGCAACGGCCCUCUCCCCGCCGCAGCCCGCCGCCACUUUCACCCCCUCUGAGCCCUUCACCGCAUUCCCCUCUCCCGCCCGUGCUUCAAGGCCGCCAGCCGCCCCCGUUGAGUCAGGCCCCGUCCUCAGGCUGGUGGAAACAUGGAUGGCAGACUUCAGGGCAUCCAACCUCAUUCUGGCGACGCUCAGUGGCGAGGUGCAAUGGGCGGGGGGCCGUCCGGCGCUCCCCUCAUCCCCAAGCGCCAAGUUCAAGCUGCUGGGGCCGCUGUACGGGAAUUAUGCAGUGGAGCUGGCGCUGAGGGACGCCAGGCUGUCCAAGGAGCGGGGCCCGGCGUCCCCCGGCACCCCUGUGCUCAAGUACAGGCUGCCCCCUGUGGCCACGGGGGCGCCGGUGAUGGUGCGGGUCACCAGCGGGGUGCAGCCCGGAACUGGCAAGCUGCAGGGCCAGGAUGGGGUGGUGAUUGUGUUGGUGGAGUACGCCGUCAGUCGGGAGCUCAAGAGCAAUGUUGAGGGUUUCGUGGACGUCCACGUUCCCGAGAAGCUGGGAGUGCCGUCUGUGGCCCGGCCGCGGCCAGAGUGGAGCAAGCAGCAGUGCAGGCUGCGGUGGCGGCUGAAGGGCGUGGCGCCAGGCGGCGUGGGAGUCCUGAAGGCGGCCUUCGGGCAGAACAAGGGCAUGGACAGUCUGGCUGCCGUGGGCUUCGUGGGGGGGCACAAGGCCUCAGCGGCGGCCAGUGUACGGGUGGAGCUCAACCUCAUGGGAAAAGCAGGCUCCACGCUAUCGGGCAUAUCUUUGGAGCAGGAGGCCAGCGGGACUGUGGGUUUGAAACACAUGCCCAGCGUCUGCCUGUGGAGAGCAGUCGUCACUGCAAAGCCGUAG